AAAACAGGAAAUCAUUAAUUUCCCCCCAAACAAUUCCAAAAAAGUAACUUCAAAAAAUAAAUUAUAUUAUAUAAAAUAAAAAAUAAAAAAUAAAACCACAACACACAGGUCAAGUUCAUUUCACAUUUGCUAGAAGAAGAAAAAGGAAUGUGAAGCUACUGAGAAAUAGUAAGAAGAAGAAGAUCUUAUUCAAUGGGUGGAGUGACGUCAUCAAUGGCAGCCAAAUUGGCAUUCUUUCCACCAAAUCCAGCAUCAUACAAAGUUGUGAAAGAAGAACUAACAGGUUUAUUGUUGAUGGAACCAUUUCCACACAGAGAAAACGUUGAAGUUCUUAAAUUUCCAAAUCGUCGAGGAACUGAGAUCGUAGCUAUGUAUGUUCGUCAUCCCAUGGCAAAAUCAACCAUUCUUUACUCUCAUGGAAAUGCUGCUGAUAUUGGUCAGAUGUAUGACCUCUUCGUUGAGCUCAGUAUUCACUUGCGUGUUAAUCUCAUUGGAUACGAUUAUUCGGGAUAUGGACAGUCGUCAGGGAAGCCGAGUGAGCACAAUACUUAUGCUGACAUCGAAGCUGUAUAUAAGUAUCUUGAAGAGAACUAUGGUGCUAAGCAGGAAGACAUAAUUCUUUAUGGUCAAUCUGUUGGGAGUGGUCCUACUGUGGAUCUUGCUGCUCGUUUACCACGACUGAGGGCUGUUGUUCUCCAUAGUCCUAUACUAUCGGGGUUGAGAGUGAUGUACCCUGUGAAAAAGACAUACUGGUUUGACAUUUAUAAGAACAUUGAUAAAAUCCCAUUGGUGAAGUGUCCAGUGCUAGUAAUUCAU